UGGAAAGAACCGCCCACUUGCCAAGAUAUCUAGUCAUUCUUCAAUACAGCAGGCGGCAAUUCUUUUUGUAGCUUGAACAGAAGUUCUUUAUUAAUUCUGUAUGUACGCAUUAUGGCGUUGGCUUAUAUUUUUAACCUUUCGGUUAUUCGUAACGUAGCAUGAGUAAAUUUUACGUGCUGUAUCAAGUGUAGAAUAUAAGUUUACGGAACCCCAAAAUGUCAACAACUAAAUCCCCUUCACUUUGUGAAUGGUCUUGCCGAGUAUACGACUAUGCAGCAGAUCGACAGAAGAGGCAACUGUCAUUAGAAGAGGUAUCAGAUCAUCCACUGAAGCCUCUUAUGAUUACGGUAACAGAGUCUCGUGUUAUCAGACGGACAAUAGGAGGAAGCACUACUAGUAGUACUGGCUCUUCUACACCAACACCAACAUUGGAGUCUUUGGCAGCUGCUCUUGAAGGCACAGAUCCCCUAACCCAUUUUGCACGCCAAGAAAUGGACCCCCUUUCCAAGAUGGCUGCUGACAUGUGGGAGCCAGUACAGAGUGACCAAAGAAAGAGCAAAGAUACUUUACUGGAUGAUGCUGUUGAGCCAUGGGCUGCUAGAAAGUCUGCCAUAUUAAACAAAUUCACCACUUCAGAAAAAUUAUCAAUUGUCACAAGCUUCCUGUCUGGAGGGGAGAAAGUUGUGGUGAAAGCACAAAGCUCUGUUGUGGAUAAGGUAAAGAAUCGACUGGAACAAUUAGAUGACUUCGAAGAAGGUUCUGUUCGACAAAUGCUGAAUCUGACCCAACAAGAAUAUAUGAAUCGCAUUGAACAGCUUAAUCAGGAAUUGGUUCAAGCUUGGCAUCAUGACCAGCGUGUGAAAGCAUUGAAGAUAGCUAUUCAGUGUUCUAAACUUCUUGUGGAUACUUCUGUAAUCCAGUUCUAUCCAAGCAAAUUUGUCCUUAUCACAGAUAUUCUUGAUAUUUUUGGUAAGCUGGUAUAUGAUCGUCUCCGUACAAAGGCUGAGUAUUAUGUUCCAGGAAGCAAGACCCCAACACCACUUCCUGAGAGUUUCACCCCAGACAUGGUGCCUGAAUCAGCCAAGGAGACAUGCCGUAACUGGUUCUAUAAGAUAGCGUCGAUUCGUGAACUUGUGCCACGUCUAUAUGUUGAAAUGGCCAUUCUUAAAUCUUACAGCUUUCUUACAUCCAGUGAGUUUUCUCAAGCACUUCUGCGUUUGACACGAAUGAUUCGUGGUAUUGGAGAUCCACUUGUUGCAGCUUAUGCUCAUUGCUAUUUAUGUCGAGUUGGUAUGGCUGUUACUACAGGGGACAGAGAUUAUAUUAAGGAAAAUUUCUAUGACUUUUUGGCAUCAUAUAAUCAGCUUUUUAGCCCCAGUGUUCGAGCAGAAUUAAGUAGGCAGAAAGUGGAUCUGUCUACAUAUCUGACUCUGUAUACACCGGCCCUGGACUGGAUCUUGCAAGGUGUGGCAGCCAAUGCCCCUGAAAAACAGUUAAUAGAAAUUUUAGCCCAGUGCAAGGAAAAAUGCAACAACAGUGCACUUCUGCUGAACACUAUUAUGGCUGCUUUCAAACCAUCCUACAUUGCAGCACGCGCUCUUCAGUUCAUUGAGUUGGUGUCAGCAUGUGAGGAGGAGGGGUUCCCACAGUACUUGUUGUUUCGAACACUUGGACUGUGCCUGGCACUGGCAGAUCCUCCAGCUGAACAUCAUCUUCAAAUUUUGAAUGACGUGUGGCGUGUAGUCAGUCGCCUGUCUGAUCCAGGCCAUUAUGUGAGCUGUGCUGAGGUGUGGGUACAGUUUGCCGUGAGACAUUUCUCGUCUCGAGAAAUAAAUACAUUCCUUGGUGACAUCAUUCGUCACAUGACUCCAGAAAGAGCCUAUGAACAUUACUAUCCACAGCUGCAAGCUGUUGUAGACAGACUGCUUACCUAUACACGAGAUUAUGAAUCACUGUUUACCAUGGACAAAUUUCUGCCUCUUCUGGAUCUUUUUCAAAAGGAAAGCAUCAAGGUAGAAGUAUGUAAGAAUAUCAUGGAUGCUUUCACACGAAGCAAUGUUCAUCAAGAACCAACCAAUGACCCAGUUAUUACAAAUGCUCUAAUGUUUAUUUGCAGGGUUAUGCAUGAUUCUGUGAAUGCGCUAACAGUAGAUGACGAGAAGAGACAGAUCGGAAAUCUCAUCUGUGGUUUUGUCAAGAAGGUAGAUUAUGGUAGAGACUUUGAACAACAGUUGAGUUUUUAUGUGGAAGCAAGAUCAGCUUUCCCUAACUUAGAUUCUGUGCAUGCUCAAUUAGUACAGAGUGUGAACUGUUUAUCUGUGGAAACACGGCGCAUAGUGAAGGGACAUCAUACCCGCAAAACAGCUGCCUUUGUGCGAGCCUGUGCAGCAUAUUGCUAUAUUACAAUUCCAUCUAUCACAUCUGUACUAACUCGACUAGAGCUGUACCUGUUGUCCGGAGAAGUAGCGUUGCUCAACCAGUGCUUGGGACAAGCGGAUGCAUGUUUCAAAGCUGCAUUAAGCUUGGUACCAGAAUUUCCCCGAACAAUAGAAGUUGAUUGCAAGCAGCGCAGCUCAGAACCAUAUUUAAUUUCAUAUCUGUGCCAUUUCCUGUCCACACUUCUGGUUGUACCGGACUCACCUGAGCAGGGUGUCCUGUAUCUUACACGAGGACUGCUGAAUGUGCUUCAGCAUUAUACUUGGGAACCAAAUAGUAAUGCUCGACCUGUGGUGUACCUGCAUGUCCUCGAUAUGUUGUCAGUAGCCGCUCAAGAAACCUAUCCUUAUCACAUAGAUAAAGUGGAUUCCAAUGACAUGCUCUAUGGCUCAGACCCAAAAUUCAUCUCUGAAAUCAACAAGAUGUGUUCUGUAUUGAUAGAUGAAAUCCUAGCCCACCUAAAAUACUUGAAGACAAACGAAGAGUUUCAAAAACAGUCUUCAUUAGCCUUGGAUCUGUUUGUAAGAAUUGUGGUUCGAGGCAAUCUUAAAGAACCUUCUUUAACAACAUUAGCUGUCAACUUGUGGAAUCUCGCCCACAGACAUGGCUGCUUAGAUCAAAAGCUUUCAGCCCGGACCUUAGAAUAUCUUAAGAAGAAAAGUAUGCAGCCAGGAGGAAAUUCAUAUGUAGAUUUGGUGAACAAACUCCAUAUGCAGAAUUUGUGAUUGAACUCCAGUGCAAGAGGGCACAGAAAAUACGGAAGAUACCAAACUUUUUGUUGUAAAGUAAGGAAGAGGAAUAUCAGUGUUUGUGAUAUUGACAUUGCAUUUAUGUUGUAUCUUCAUUUCUUGUAUUUGUUACAUGUAAAAAUUCUGUAUCUACAUUAAUAUUAUUUAGUAUACAAAUACUCUAUAUAUUUUGAAGGGAUGCAUACACAUCAGUAUUUAUAUAUGAAGGAUGGAAAUAAAAAUUGUGGCAACAAAGUGA